CCAGAUUUCGAUUGGAUUUCCUCAGUUUUUCUGUUUAUUCAAUUUUUUUCUGUUGUAUUCAAUGAAAAUUAUGAAUAAUUAUUCUAGUAUCAUCAGAUUUCUCAUUGGUUUCAUAUCCAUUGUGAUAUUGAUUGGUACAAUAUCACCGAUUGUUGAUUCACAAAGAAAGGGUGGUCGCCGAGGAUCAUGUGGAAUGAACGCUUUUUGGAAUGAAUGUGCAACUGCCUGUCCAGAAAAUUGUUACAAUUAUGGUCGACCUCGUCCAUGUACAUUGAAUUGUCUACAAAGAUGUUCUUGUAGGAGUGGAUUCGUUUUCGAAUCAUCAUCAUCAUCAUCACGAUGUAUACCGAUUGGUCAUUGUCGAGGUCGUGGUCAAAGUGGAAGAAGAUGGAAUAGAAAUUUUCAAAGAAAUUGGAGAUAUAACAACAACAAUUAUUACUAUGGAUAAACGAAUUGGAUUAACAGAUUUUUUUUAUGGUAUAUAAUCUUUCAAAGUAAUCGUAUUUUUAAAAAAAAUGAUUCAUUAAGUUUUUUAAUUUUCUAGUUCACAUUUUGUCGUUUAUCAUUAUCCGACAGUGAACAAAAAAAAAAAACUGUUUCACAUAUAUACUAAAUUUAUAACUGUCUUUCUUAAACGUUUGGUUCUAAUAUAGCAGUACAGGGACAAAUAAAUCGGCCAAGGACAAUGGAUAAUAAAUAAACAAUGUCUGUUUGUUUGACAAACAAAAUUUCAAUUUUUUUUCCAUUAUUAUCAAUCAUAUACGA